GAACUCCGCCCCUUCUCCCAACUCCUCGAGUGGAUCUUCCAUGCUUUCCCGCUCCCUCUUCCGUCAACUGCGACCAACCCAGAUCACCAACUUAUCACGUACAAUGUUCUCAGCCGCAAGAUCUGCAGGACCCCUCGAGACCGUCCUCCGAGAAAAAAUCACAGCCGAAUUUCAACCCCUCUACCUCUCCAUCACCAACGACUCCCACAAACACGCCCACCACAUCGCAAUGAAAGACCCUUCCUACGCCAACCAACCCGAAACGCACUUCCGCGUAACCAUCGCCUCCGAGAAAUUCGAGGGAAAGAUGUUGCCUGCAAGACAUCGGAUGGUGUAUGCGCUGUUUAAGGAGGAGAUGGCGAGGGCCGGGGGCAUUCAUGCGUUGCAGUUGCAAACUUGGAAUAAGAAGGAUUUGGAGAGGAGGAGGGAGGCUGGGGAGGUUGAGGAGUGAUUUCGUGAAGGAGGGUAAAAUGAUAUUGGAAGCCGGAGGAAAGAUUACCUGAGGUGAAGCACGACAUAGGUAUGAAUGCAGCAGACUGAAAGACGGGUACGAGACGGGGAUAACUCAGUUAUUAACAAUCAUCUCGC